AUGCAAAAACAGUCCGAAGAAGAAUGGAAAUCAACGUUUGUUGAAAGCAAGAAGAAGGUGCAGGAUGACGUAAGCCCUGAAGAACUCUCCUUGGUUAAUGCAAUUCUAGACCUGAUAGAGAAGGUGGAAAAGAAGGAAAUUACGAUUCCUGAAUCAAAUCGGGAACUCAGACAUAUUACCGAAUUGUUUCAGCAGCUGAAGCGCCAGUUAUUGUCCUACCGAGCUGAAAAGUGGAAUAGGGACCUGAAACAUUUACAGCGAUGGGUUUGUUCUUCUCUCCAAAAGUCUCAAAAAGGGUUUACAAUGUCAAACAUCAUUUCUUCAAACUCUCCAUUUUUACAACAAGAUCGACCUAUUUUGGCAAAGCCAGGAGUGGUAGCAGGUUCCGAACAUCCAGUUCGUCCUUCCUCUUCAUUAUCGACGUCGUCCUCAACACCUGCACUCCCCAUCCCACCCAAAAGCGCGACAUCCCAAUUUGUAGUUUCCUCUUUACACAACACAGUUCACUCAAUACAAACAAAAGAAAACUCUCUAUCGAUUACAGAUAUCUCAUCGAGUCUGCUCACUCUCUCCGUUAAGGAUUCGGUGAUUUUGAUUCGCGAAAUAACGGGAAGUGUGUAUGUGAAGGAUGUCUCGAAUUCCAUUAUUUCAGUGAACUGCCAGCAAAUUCGGAUUCACUGCACAACAAAUUCGCUUUUCUGCCUGCAAAUUCCAAAUCAUCCCGUGAUCGAGGACUCGAACAGCGUGUCUUUUUCUGAAAACGUUUUCAUUUGGGGUCAAGAGCUAGCUGCCAGUGUACAGAGCAAUCGAUUUGCUGAUGUGCUAGACUUCAACUGGCUACGAAAAGAAAAGUCCCCAAACUGGAAGAGAGCGUCCUUGUCAGAAUUUUUGUUAGAUCAUAAUACACUUUUAGCACUUCUGAAAAGAGCAAUGGGAUUCUCUUUUGUUCGCAUUGAUUCUGGUCAGGUUGGAAUGCUCGAAGGCUAUUUCUGUUUGUUUGAAACACAAACAAGUGAGAAAAUCCUCCGCACCAAGAUAAAAUGA